GCCGUGUUGUCGACUCUUCAAUCUGCAACCAAUCAAAACGGGCCGACUGGCCGAUUAUGGUCUUGUAACCUCUCUUCUCCUCCCUUGGCCCUGUAUGCGUGUCAUGUUUUUGCUUGUCAAAAAUGUCUCAAGCCGGUUCGAAAAAAGGGGCUGUUUCCAAAUUAAAUAAAAAUGCAGCCAUCAACAGUCUCAUAGUUUUCGUAGUUUUGCUUUUGGCAUGGGUCGCGGGCUUUGCAUCCCGGCUAUUUGCCGUCAUCAGGUUCGAAAGUAUCAUCCACGAAUUCGAUCCUUGGUUCAACUACAGAGCAACAGCUUAUAUGGUAAAACAUGGAUUUUAUAAUUUCCUAAACUGGUUUGAUGAGAGGGCAUGGUACCCUCUAGGACGUAUUGUGGGAGGCACUGUGUAUCCAGGGCUUAUGCUCACAUCAGGAAGCAUACACUGGAUAUUACAUUUGCUGCAUAUUAAUGUACAUAUUAGGGAUAUUUGUGUAUUUUUAGCUCCUAUUUUUAGUGGUCUAACUGCCAUCUCAACUUACCUCCUUACAAGAGAAUUAUGGUCUUCAGGAGCCGGCCUAUUUGCCGCCUGUUUUAUAGCCAUUGUACCAGGUUACAUAAGCAGAUCCGUUGCAGGAUCAUAUGAUAAUGAAGGAAUUGCCAUAUUUGCUCUACAAUUCACGUACUUUUUGUGGAUUAAAUCUGUGAAAACUGGCUCCGUAUUUUGGGCUGUGUCUGCUGCAGUAUCGUACUUUUACAUGGUUUCAGCAUGGGGAGGUUACGUUUUUAUCAUCAACCUAAUACCACUCCACGUGUUUGUCCUUUUAUUGAUGGGACGAUACUCAAACAGGCUAUUUACAAGCUACACCACAUUUUAUAUUCUUGGCCUUAUUAUGUCCAUGCAAAUUCCAUUUGUAGGAUUCCAGCCUAUCAGGACUAGUGAACACAUGGCUGCUGCUGGUGUGUUUGCAUUACUUUUUGCCGUUGCUGUUUUGAAAUAUUUACAAUCAAUGAUGUCAAAGUCCGAAUUUAAAUCCUUGGUCAUUUGGGGUGGACUUGUAUCUGCUGGUUUGGUGUUUGCUACCGUUGUUGGACUUACUUAUGCUGGUUAUAUUGCUCCUUGGAGUGGAAGGUUUUACUCUCUAUGGGACACUGGCUAUGCAAAAAUCCACAUUCCAAUCAUUGCAUCUGUCUCUGAACAUCAACCCACAACGUGGUUCUCAUUUUUCUUUGACUUACAUGUUUUGAUUCCUACAUUCCCUGCUGGUUUAUGGUACUGCAUUAAACAUGUCAAUGAUGAACGAGUUUUUGUUAUUCUUUAUGCCUUAAGUGCAGUCUAUUUUGCUGGUGUAAUGGUGCGUCUUAUGUUGACGCUCACUCCAGUCGUAUGCAUGUUGAGUGGAGUUGCAUUUUCUGUGAUUCUAGAAAUGUAUUUGAGAGAAGAAGAUAGUACGCCUGCAAUAGAAAAUGAAGAGGAAGAAAGCUCGCAAAAUCCGAAGAGGCUGUAUGACAAAGCUGGUAAAGUACCAAAAAUAAUCAAACACGAAUCCAAAGAACAAGACGCCAUAGGACAAAACAUCCGAAGCAUAGCUGCAGUAGUUUUUGUUCUUCUGUUGAUGCUAUUCGCUGUGCAUUGUACCUGGGUCACUAGUAACGCCUAUUCGAGCCCUAGCAUUGUGCUAGCUAGCUACGGCAGUGAUGGUACCAGACAAAUUUUAGACGAUUUCAGAGAAGCGUAUUUCUGGUUGUCACAGAACACUGCUGACGAUGCACGUGUUAUGAGUUGGUGGGAUUAUGGUUACCAAAUAGCGGGAAUGGCAAAUAGGACUACAUUAGUGGAUAAUAAUACAUGGAAUAAUAGUCAUAUCGCCUUGGUUGGCAAAGCAAUGUCUUCAAAUGAGAGUGCUGCCUAUGAAAUAAUGACUGCUCUAGAUGUGGAUUAUGUUUUGGUGAUUUUCGGUGGUGUUAUUGGCUAUUCUGGGGAUGACAUCAAUAAAUUUUUGUGGAUGGUUAGGAUUGCGGAAGGGGAACAUCCUAAGGAUAUUAGGGAAAGUGAUUAUUUCACUGAGCAAGGUGAAUUCCGUGUUGAUGCUGAAGGAUCCCCCACCCUUUUGAACUGUUUGAUGUACAAAUUGAGUUACUACAGAUUUGGGGAUUUGAGAUUGGACUACCGUUCACCAUCAGGUUUUGACCGUACCAGAAACGCUGUUAUAGGAAACAAAGAUAUAAACUUGACAUAUUUAGAAGAAGCGUACACUAGCGAACAUUGGCUAGUAAGGAUAUACAGGGUUAAAAAACCAGAUGAGUUUAACAGACCAAGAAUACCAGUGGCCAAUAGGGUAAUAAAAUCGUCUAGCUUUGUAUCAAAAAAGAGUACCAAACGUAAGAAGGGAACCAUAAAGAACAAGCCCGUGAUAGUUAAAGGGAAACGGCCUGCCGUUAAGCUGCAAUAAAUCCCAAUGAGCGAGGAGAGAUAGUACAAUACUACAUUUUUUUGUUGAUGUUUUGUUUUAUAUAAUUUAAAAAAGGGAAAAUUCUAUCACAUUCCACAAUUCUUUUAACUAGAAAUCAGAUUUUUCUGAUUAAUUGAUAAUAUUAAUCAUGUCAUGACAAACUUAGUUCACAUUAAUUUUCCUGUAGUUAAUACAUUUGUUGAGAUGUGAUAAAAUGAGUUCUUUUUUUUUUUAAUUAAAAUGUACUGAUUUUCAUUAUAAUAAUAUUAUGUACUAUAAGAAAAAUUGCUUUACUUUUGAUGGCGUCAAGAGAAAAUCAUUGCGUUUUAUGUAUAUUUAUACCAAAAAAAAAAAAAAUACACUUUACCAAUCGUACAUAGUUAAAUUUAGUUCUAGAUUAUUUUAAAAUGCUUGAAGUCUUUUCUUUUCUUGUUCACUCACGCAUUUAGUAACAUUUUGUUCCUAAUUAUAGCUCGCUGUUAAAAUUUGCAUUUCAGAUAUCCAUAAAUAUUUCAGUUUAUGCCGAGAUUUAUGCUCAUUUAAAGAACAAAUUUGGGGUGUUGUAUUUUUGCUUAGACUAAUUUAAUUUUUUCUCAAAAGUGAAGUGAUGAACGUCCAUGUUGUAAAUUUAAGUUUGUCAGAGUCGGAAAUGGUUUUUUAGUGAAACGUCACUAUGUGAUAGUUUUAAAUGUGGAGAAUUAAAGAUUUUUGCACUGGUUCAA